AUGUAAAAUCUGGUAGAGUAAAAAUUAAUUAAAACUCUAUUAAAUUAUUAUUUUUUUGAACAAUAACUUGUUUGUAUUUAAUUAAUAUAUGCUAAAUUAUUUGAUAUUAAAUCCCAUCUAAAAAUAGAUAAAUCAUACUAUAGCACAAUAAUGUAAUUUUAAAUGUAAUAAAUUGCCAUAUAUUUCUCUGAAACAGUAUAGUCUCAUUUUCAUAUGCUAACAAAUUUUUAAGAUUGGAAGCACUGCUAUCAAAAAUUAUCUCUGAAAAAUAGCUUUAUGAGCAACUCUCAACUCUAUUGCAGGUAUUUUAACUAAGGCUUUGACUAUACUAUAAGGGGCAAACAGCCACACAAUUUUCUUAAUUUUAGCUCACAUUCUUGCUAUUAUUAUAAAAGAAUAAUCCUUCCAAGCAGUUUUUAUACACACAACUAUUCUCACUCAGUUAAAAAUCUGCAAGACAUUAAAUGCACUGGAGGCUCUAAUUACAAUCUUAGCAUCCUAUGCCACAACUAUUCAGUUAUUGUUAGCUUGCUGUAAUACAAAUUUAGUAAAAUAAUACAAUUAUAACAAAAUUUGUUUUAACUUUUAUGUAUAAUCGCCUAUCCAUAUUUUAUAAUUACUUCUACUUAUUUUUAUCUUAUUUAUUUUUUUAAUUAAAAAUCUAAUAAUAAAUAAUAAUAAUACUCAAAAACAAGUAAAUUAUAGUGUAUUUAUAAAUAUUCUUUUUUUAUUAUACUUUGUUGA